CGAGGGCGGUGGGCGGAGCCACGCCGUGACGCUAGCCGCGCGUUUCCGGCCUGAGAAACCGUGGCGUUUCUGAGGAGACGCCUCAACUGGCAGUUACCACCGCGCUAGAAACCUCCUGAUCCGCCACUUCCAUCACCUGUGUUACCAUGGGUGCUGUGCUGGGCGUCUUCUCCCUUGCCAGCUGGGUUCCAUGCCUUUGCGGAGGGGCAUCAUGUUUGCUGUGUAGUUGCUGUCCCAACAGUAAGAAUUCCACUGUGACUCGCCUCAUCUAUGCUUUCAUUCUCCUCCUGGGCACUAUUGUAUGCUGUAUCAUGCGGACAGAAAGUAUGGAAACUCAGCUGAAGAAGAUUCCUGGAUUCUGUGAAGGGGGAUUUAAAAUCAAGGUGGCUGAUAUAAAGGCAGAUAAAGAUUGUAAUGUGCAGGUCGGUUAUAAAGCUGUAUAUCGGAUCAGCUUUGCCUUGGCCAUCUUUUUCUUUGCCUUCUCUCUGCUCAUGUUAAAAGUAAAAACGAGUAAAGAUCCCAGAGCAGCAGUACACAAUGGGUUUUGGUUCUUCAAAAUUGCUGCCAUUGUUGGUAUCAUGGUUGGAUCUUUCUAUAUCCCUGGGGGCCAUUUCACCACAGCCUGGUUUGUUAUUGGCAUGUGUGGAGCCUUCCUGUUCAUCCUUAUCCAGCUGGUGCUAUUGGUAGACUUGGCUCACUCUUUAAAUGAAUCAUGGGUAAAUCGAAUGGAAGAAGGAAACCCCAGGUUCUGGUAUGCUGUUUUACUUUCCGUCACAAGCAUCCUAUAUAUCGUGUCAAUCAUCUUUGUUGGUUUGCUCUACGUAUACUCCACCAAACCAGAUGGCUGCACAGAAAACAAAUUCUUCAUCAGUAUUAAUCUUAUCCUUUGCAUUGUGGUUUCUAUUAUAUCCAUCCAUCCAAAAAUUCAGGAACACCAGCCUCGUUCUGGCCUCCUGCAGUCCUCUGUCAUCACCCUCUACACCAUAUACCUCACAUGGUCAGCCAUGACUAAUGAACCAGAUCAUUCCUGCAACCCAAGCCUCUGGAGCAUCAUUACGCACAUGACUGCACCAACCUUGGCUCCUGGAAAUUCCACUGCUGUAGUCCCUACCUCUGCUCCACCAUCACAGAAUGGGCAUUUUCUGGAUGCAGAGAAUUUUAUUGGGUUGAUAGUCUUUGCUUUCUGCCUUUUGUAUUCUAGCAUCCGCACUUCCACCAAUAGCCAAGUAAGUAAGCUGACGCUGUCAGGAAGUGAAAGCGUGAUCCUCCGUGAUACAGCUACCAACGGUGCCAGUGAUGAAGAAGAUGGACAGCCUCGGCGGGCUGUGGACAACGAGAAGGAGGGAGUUCAGUACAGCUACUCCAUCUUCCACUUCAUGCUCUUCCUGGCUUCCUUGUACAUCAUGAUGACCGUGACUGGCUGGUACAGCCCUGAUGCAGAGUUCCAGGUCGUGACCAGCAAGUGGCCAGCUGUGUGGGUCAAAAUCAGCUCCAGCUGGGUCUGCCUCCUCCUCUAUGUCUGGACCCUUGUGGCUCCACUUGUCCUCACCAAUCGAGACUUCAGCUGAACGUCUGAGUGCCAGGAAUACCACCACAAUUCAUCAAGGUGUCCUUUGCUGAAAGCCUUUUUGCUUUUGCUUCAACUAAAAUACUAAAUGAAUGCUUUGCAAAUGUGACUAUAUCCAGGUUUAUAUCAGAGGGCAAUAUUGAAUAAUGAUUGAUGCAGGAUCUCAACUUCUCAUUUACACGUCUGUUAUGUUUAUUUGUAAGGACAUAGCGCAAAGGGAACAUUUUUGCAUUAUAAAGUGAGCUACAGCUGUGCUGUGCAGAGAGUUCUUUAUUAAGGCCUGUAGUUCCUACGACUUUGAUUUAAAAUGUGAGAUAGAAAAAUGUUGGAUAUUUGAGGCCAUCGUUAAUAUAUUUCUAUUGCAGUAUCCUUAAAGAGCA